AUGGUGGUGAUAGAGGAGGAAAAGGCGAAGAAGGAAGAGAAGGGGGAUGAUGAUGUUCGUAUUGAUGAGAAAGGAGGAAAAGGAGAUGAUAGGUUUGAUGAAUGUCCUGAUUUGACUCUUGAUGUCCUCAAAAAUAUUAUUAAUGAUGACUAUUAA